AUGUGUGAAUCAUCUGAAACAGAAAUUGAUUUUACUUUUGGAAAUCAUAUAUUUAUAGAAAUAUAUGCACCUACUUCUGAACGUCAACAAAAUGUUCAACACUUUGACCUUCCAUUGACAUUAUCAACUCUUCCACAAAAAAAUACAAUUUCUAAUAAAAGUUUUACUCUCAGAUAUGUUAUCAGCUUCAUAGCACCAAUUUCCAAAGGCAGGGAAGCUAUUGGGCAUUAUGUAUCUUGCUGCUGGUGUGAAAUGGACAACUCGUGGAAUAUAUAUGAUGACUUACCCCUAGAACAGUAA